UCAGGUAAUCCCUGGAAAAGAGGACUCCAUAGUUUGGGGCUGCGACCCUCAAACUAUGAUGUUGGUCACCCUGCUGCAUCUUACAAGAAGACCCUAUUACCCAUCAUCCCAAUGGCAGGCAAGGAGACAGACAGUCACAGUGUCUCCAGGUCCUCUACUCUGCAGGCUCGUGUUCAGGAGUUUAUCAGCAAUGGAGAGAAAAGGGCAGAACACUCCUCUGAGACGCUCUGUCUGCCGGACCUAAAACGGCAGCCCGUCAUCUCUCUAACCAGUACAAGAGCAAAUACAGAAAGAGAGGAGAGCAAGGAGAGAGAGAUGGAUGGAGAACAGGACAGAGAAAGAGGGGCACACACGGAGGUAGGGGAGGUAGUGAAGGACAGAGAAAAAGACAGCCAGAAAGAGAGGGAAUGGAUGCUAUUAAGGGAACGAGAGAAAGAUAAUGAAAGAGAAGCUGAGAUAAAUGGGAAUAGGUGUUCAUCUUCUUCUGUUUCAUUCCCCUCUGAGAUGCUGGCUCCAGAUGGACAUUUAAGAACAGUACACACAUUACCAAACUUUGCCCAUGCACUGGCCGAAGCCCGAAAAGCAAGAUACAUCAGACACAGAGGACAACCGCUGUGUGAGCGAGAACUCACCAUACGAGAGAUAUUUGCUCGGAAUUCAAGAGCUCCUGCUCACUGAGGCGCUAAAACAGUGGUUCUUGACUGGUUUUGCUUCAGGUCCAGAUUUUCCAGAGCAGCAAGUUGCCAUCAAACACAGUGCCCAAAGUUAUACGUACUGUGCUAUGUAAAAAUGUAUUGAAAAAUUGAAACAAGUUGUAUUUUUGGAGCAUUCACACCAUGUUGUAAUUACCAUAAUUACUAGAUAACAAGCUGUCCUGGAUGUUCUUCUCAGAGUUGUUCACAUCCUCAGACUUAAAGCCCAAAGAUUACUUCAGUUUUGACGCAAAUGCUUGCCAUAUUCAUACAGCCGAAUGCAAAGCCUUUCAAUAUAUACUUUGUUGUGCAGAAAUACAAGAGCGAUACAUGCGCAAACUGAGCAAACAGAAUAGGCUACACACAAUCUGUCAGCUGUCUAAUUUC